AUGGCAGACAAGAAAUCCAGCACCGUAACAACACAAACGAACCCGCGCGGAAUUCCCGCCGCUCCCUUCAUCGACAAUGUCAGCGACUAUGUCGCCUCGCGCGCAGACGUGGAACCCACACUACAGCGUUUCCAGGAGAUGAUCUCCAAAUAUCAAUUUAUGGAGCUCAAUACCCAGCGCCGAGCGGCGGGCCUCCGAGAAAAGAUUCCCGACAUCAAGAAGACAUUAGACGUCGUGCGGUUCUUGAAGAUGCAGAAAGAAACAAACUCCUCAUCAACCCUGGAAACCAGCUUUGAGUUAAACGAUACGCUCUAUGCGCGCGCGCAAAUCUCCCCGGCCGACACGGACGAAGUAUACCUCUGGCUCGGGGCGAACGUUAUGCUCGCGUACCCCAUCCCCGAGGCCGAGACGAUGCUGUCGGAGAAGCUCUCUGCCGCAGAGCAGAGUCUAGCGAACUGUGAUGAGGAUCUGGAGUUCCUGAGGGAGCAGAUUACCGUGCGUGCGGGAGUACAGUUUCUUUUCCUGUUGAGCUCAGACUGA